GCUGCAGCGGAGAAAAACGAGUGAAGGCGGACAUUGCCGAGGCUGCGAGGCUCUGGAGUGUGCGGAGUGGAGCUGAUAUUUGACACGGAAGCAACACGAAAGUACUUUUAUUUCUUUAACUCUGUUGUUUCAGCGGCGCAGACAUGACGCGACUGAAGAUGCUCCACAUCACCGGGAUGUUGCUGAUGCUGAUAAUAUCACAAAGUGUCGCCAUUUUCAGGGUUCCCCUUAAGAAAACCAGAAGCCUGCGCCGCCUGAUGUCGGACAACGGGAUGUCUCUGCAGGAGCUGCAGGCUUUGGGUUUGAGCACCGGCGCCCCUGACGGCUCCCCCUCCCCGAAACUGCCUGUGGAGAGGCUGACCAACUUCAUGGACGCUCAGUACUACGGGGAGAUCAGCAUCGGCACCCCCCCACAGCCCUUCACUGUGCUGUUUGACACCGGCUCCUCCAACCUGUGGAUCCCCUCCAUCCACUGCAGCUUCUUCGAUUUGGCCUGCUGGCUCCAUCAUCGUUACUACUCCAAGAAGUCAAGCACGUAUGUAAAGAACGGCACCGAGUUCUCCAUCCAGUACGGCAGAGGCAGCUUGUCUGGCUUCAUCAGCGAGGACACUGUCUCUAUCGCUGGUCUGUCUGUUCCCGGUCAACAGUUUGCUGAAGCCGUGAAGCAGCCGGGCAUCACGUUUGCUGUUGCUCGGUUCGAUGGGGUCUUGGGAAUGGGCUACCCGUCCAUAUCGGUAGAUAAAGUCACCCCGGUGUUUGACUCUGCCAUGGCUGCCAAGCUGCUGCCCGAGAACAUCUUCUCAUUCUACAUAAGCAGAGAUAAAACAGCAGCAGUGGGAGGAGAGCUGGUCCUGGGUGGGACAGAUCCUCAGUACUACAGUGGAGACCUGCACUAUGUUAACGUCACACGCAAGGCCUUCUGGCAGAUUAAGAUGGACGGAGUUGAAGUUGGCGCUCAGCUGACGCUCUGCAAAGCCGGUUGCCAGGCGAUCGUUGACACGGGAACAUCCCUGCUUGUGGGUCCCAGAGAGGAAAUCCGAGCGCUGCAGAAAGCCAUCGGCGCCCUGCCCUUGAUAAUGGGAGAGUAUUUUAUCGACUGCAGGAAGAUUCCAUCUCUCCCCGUCGUGUCCUUCAACAUUGGAGGGAAGAUGUUCAACUUGACUGGAGAAGAUUAUAUCAUGAAGGAGUCCCAGAUGGGUACAUCCAUCUGUCUGUCAGGUUUCAUGGCCAUGGAUAUCCCCCCUCCUGCAGGGCCCCUGUGGAUCCUGGGAGACAUUUUCAUCGGGAAGUACUACACGGUGUUCGACAGGAACGUUGAUCGCGUAGGGUUUGCUCCUGCCAAGUAGAUAUAGAGCGACGCAUGAAGGCUGGUCGUUAGUCGGGGUUAUUUGACUUUAAAAAUGAGUUUAAAAGUUUUGCUUGUCACAUAAAUGUCUUGUAUCUGCUUAGAAACACGAGGUUAACAAGACAAACUGGUUGUUAUGAGUAAAGAGGCAACGUUAAUGAACAUUUCAACUUAUUUUGCAUGGAGCACAAACGUGUUCUGCCAAUGAACAAAGGGACUGCUUCAGUUUCUUGCACUGAUAUUUGAGCGUUAAUGUUUUUAUGGCAGGAUUCAAUCAGAGCUAUGCAUUGUUUUGUUUUUUUGCACUUUUUGCUUUUUGUAACUCUUCCAACUAGAUUUCAAAAUAUAACCGGGAGCUGUUUUUGUACACUGAAUAUAUCUCGGGAUGUUUCUUAUUAACACGCCAAUGUGAAUUUUAUGACCAAAUCUCACUGAAUAAAACAUAAUAAUCAAUCAUGA